AUGGUUUACCUCAAGUAUGGCCGAAGUAUUCUUCGCCAGAGUAAGAUUCUGAAAGAUACAGCUCUCUUCCAGAAUUCCGAUUCUGUUCUACAUCAUCCAUUAUUCUAUGCUAGUCAAGGUGUCAGAUACAGAAAGCUGGAGGUCAUCCUUACAACAUCCAUAGACAAGCUGGGGAAAGCAGGUGAAACAGUGAAAGUUGCUCCUGGACAUUUCCGCAACCAUCUGAUGCCCAAAUUGCUUGCAGUUCCAAAUAUAGAAAAGUUUGCUUAUCUCAUCAGUGAACAGAGGAAGAUAUAUCAACCCAAAGAAGCUGAAGAGGUGAAGGUAGUUCCAAAGACUGAAGAAGACACCAUGAAAGAAUACAGAACAGCAGCUAGACGACUUGAAAAUGCUAAACUGGUUCUGAGAAGAUACAUAAAGAUAGAUACAGAACUUCGUUCACCUGUGGAAAAAGAUGAGAUCAUAUCUGAGGUGGCAAGACAGAUUGGAGUGCGUAUUGAGCCUGAAAACUUGCAAUUGGAGUCUCCAUUGUCAAGUUUAGGGGAAUUUGAGGUGCCACUUCGAUUGCCUAAAUCUCUUCCUUUACCAGAGGGUAAGGUUAACUGGACUCUUACUAUCAAAAUCCGAAAGAAGUGAAGAGAAUUAAGUGCUUAAUAUUUUCACUUUUUAGCAUUCAUUAGGUUAUUGAGGUUCACAAAACAUUUUUCUUUUUCUUUUUUUGUUGGAAAUGUUCUCAAUUGGGAAUUGUAAGACAUUUGGUUUUUGUAGUUCUAUUUUCUUGCUUCAUUUAAAAUAAAAACUAUAUAUGGAGACCAUAUAAUCGAAGACUUAAAUUGCAUUAAAAUUGUAAGAUUUGUUGGACAUGUAGUUGUCAGAAACAUAUUGAAAUUGACAAAUUGUAAUAUUGUAUG